AUGCGCCGGCACAGCGGUCCAGCAAUCGGGUCCCUCCCCAUAGAGGUGCUGGUCCAGAUCUUCGUGUUCUAUAGGGACUACCAGCGACCUACUAUGCUGGGAAUGUCACCGUCGUGGCAGGAUCUCAUGCUCGUGUGCCGUUUCUGGCGCGAGCUGAUAAUAUCCACCCCCCUCCUGUGGCAGAGGUCCCACUGGUGUACAAGGGCAAGCCUGGAGUCGCUCGCCCUCGCCCUCAUGCGUUCGCGCCAAGUGCCCCUCGAACUCUUCUUCUACAACCUCGACAUGGCUGAAAAGGCCAUACCAAUGCUCCUCCCGCAUGUCUCACGUUUGCGGGCGCUUCAUCUUCCUCCCUUCGAUGAAAACAUCCGGCGCACCUCCACACGCUCUCAUCCUCGCAACAUCUCAUGCCAAUGGUUUCUCCCCCUCCUCACUUCCGGGACGCCUCUCAGACUGCUGAAAGAGCUGGUCAUACCUAGGAAGGCACAACGCCUCGAGCACACCGUUCAACGCGUCCCGAUGGAUAUCACGGAAUCGUCCCUGCCAUCGUUGCGCAUUCUUCGUAUCACAUGUGCCUCGUUUGCCUGGGAUGUCAGAGCAGUCUCGAGACUGACGUGCCUAGACCUGCGCGGAUGCGUCCACGACGGCCCACGGAUGUCUUCCGACGGUUUCCUCGACGUCCUCGAGAGCUGCCACGCCCUUGAGGAACUCCGCCUUCUGAACCACUUCGUCUCCAGCACGCUCCUACCCAAUCCCACCGGGCGUACCGCCGACCGUGAGGUCGAGAUGCCCAAGCUCCGCAAGUUGUUCCUUGCCGACGAGUCCGGAGUAAUAUCGGGGUUCCUAUCGUCCCUCAAACUCCGGAAGAACAUAUCAAUCUCUGUCUGUGGAUCGACGAUGCUGAACCCAAGAGCGACCCACGGUGCUUUCCAAGCUCUGCUGCCCCGGCCCUUCCAUCUGAAGCGCCUCUUCCCCACGGCUGCCCCUCUUCGCUGCAAGAUCGACACCCAGAGUGACGGCAAGGCGCAGAUUCAUAUCCGCUUCGGUAGAGCCCGCAACCCGGCUGACAUCCAAGCUGAUGACUUCGAGGAAGACCCCUUCGAUGCCAACGCGAGCAAUACGACCGUGGCCGGGUUGACGCUGCAGCUCGAAACACACUCGCCGGCCUUCGGGGACUGGCAGCCCUACCUGGGGGUAGCGAUAAAGGAUUUUAACACCCUCUUCUGCGGAUCCCAGCGCGACUUUCCGGUGAAGGCUCUGGAUAUCCAGGGAGACCUCACGGACCGAGGAGUGCUCUCCUACUCCGAUUGGGAAGCCCUGCUGUGGCGGUUGCCAUCGCUCACCAGGCUUCAGGUCAGCAGUGCUGGAUCGUCCACCUCACUCAUCCCGGCUCUCGAAACAAUCUCUCGCAGGAUGGAUCUCAUCUGUCCCAAGCUCAAGAUCCUGUCCAUCUGCGAUGCAGAAUGCCGAGUCACCAGGGACUCGGCGUAUCGCCUCAUCGGGCGCAUACGGCGGCAGCGGGCGUGGGAGAGCCCAUUCGACACAAUUCUGAGACGCCUCUCGUUCCAGUAUGAUGAAGAUAAUGACGACACAGAUUUGGAAGAAAACUGGGAGUUGUCCGAGGAGGAACGCAAACUGAAACGUCUGCGUUGCAUCACUGUGAAGUCAUGUUAUCCGAUGGAGAUAUUGGAGUCACGGGACCGGGACUUGGACAAUGAGCUUAGUGAUAGCGACAGUGAUAGGGGGUUGUUUGAGGAGAGUCGUCAAUGGGUUGAUCGUGAAGAGUAUGUUCUGCCUAUAUACGACCAGAGAGCGGCCUAUCACGAUGAAUUGGGGCUGAGGAGGAUCAUGAUGCAACAGUACUAG